AUGUCGGUAAUUCAAGUCGAAGAUCUGGUACUGUACCAGUUGCGGACCAGCUACCUCAAUGACAUUGCCGACGGGGUAGGGGAACGCCUCUUCACCUUGAACGAGAGCUUCCUCAAUUCGGCGCCCUUUAAGUCUGCGGGAUGGCGCCCAGAUCCCGCUCUCAUCAAGAGGACUCACUCACCCCCGAUUCCUACCGCUGUUGCUUCAGAGUACUUUCAGGCGCCCCGCCUCGCCGGCCGCACCCUCGAAGAUGAGGGCGAAGAAGGAGGCCUGUUCUCAGGCGACGCCCCCGAAGCUACGGGCCCUAGCAUGGCGACGAAGCGCCGACGCCGGCGCGAACAGAUGGAGGAAGACGACAGCAGUGAUCUGAGCGAUGAGAGCGACGACGAGCCAGACCAGCGCGCUGCACAGCAAAUCAAGUUUGCCAAAAUGCCUGUGAGGCAUCGCUCUGGUUCUUCUCCCCUGCAGUCGUCCAAUCUCCGCCAGACGACCACCCUAUCUUCGCCCCGUCCCGCGCCAAGGCGAGGGUCGCACUCUGCACUGGAGACGGUAAAGGAGAGGGCGCGUCGCGACACCGUGACCAGCAGCGAGGUCUCAUCCGAGAACGAGUUUGACACCUCAGCCUUCCACAAGCAGCGGGACGCUGCCCAUGCAGCUGCCGGACGCGCCACCAAGCUGUCGGUCAAGCUAAACACGGAACCUACUGGCGAGGCAAAACGCCGUGGGAGUGAGCUUCUCGAGGAGGAGGAAGACGAUUCUGACGCUUCCGACGUGUCAUCAGCUUUUAUUGAGAGCAUAGACUCGGCAUCAAUCCUGGACGCCGUAAAAAAUCCUCUGAACGGGUCCCUGAGAGAUCAGGUAGUUGGCGCCGUGCCAAGGGAGCUUACCCGGAGAUCCACAAUACGCAAAUCGGCCAUGCCUGCGCCGUUACAAGUCCCGGUUGGAGAGCUGCCGCCUCCACGGCCCAUGAGCACCAUUCGGCCGCUGAGCAUGGUGCAGCCCAAAAGCUUGCUCUCGGCCGCCCUCAACGCCAAGAAGACGAAGCCAACCCUCCCAUUUGACGGUUUCGCUUCACUUUCGGGACAGGGCGACCCGAAUCCCAUCAUGCUCCGAAUCUAUGCCCCCUUUUCCAAGCAGCCCUCGAAACCGUUCGAGGUCCUGAUUCGACGGACGGUACAUCAAGGCCAAGGCGGAGACAGAGCAGUGACAGUCGCUGAUUUGAUUGGCCUCAGUCUAUGGCGCUACAACGAGGAGAAACUGGAGCCACCGUUGCCCGAGGACAAGCUGAACGUGAACUGGUGGGUUUUACGCAUGGUCGAGGAAGACGGCGAAGUGGAUGAGGAUUUUCCGCCUCUUGAACGCAAAAAGCAGCUCAUAUCGUUCACGACGGCGAACAACAAGGCCGGCCGCUCUCGCUCCAACUCCAAGGUCUACGACAUCUUUGCCCUGGCACCGGCAUCACAAGAGGAAUUCGAAGAGAAUCAGCGCACAACCCCGCAGUUCGAACAAGAAGUAGGCGGCAGCGAGGAUGACAAGGACUUGACACCGCGGAACACGCCGCGGCCCGAGGCCGCCCUGCACGUUCCCGACCAGCCCCGAGAGAACCCGCUCCUCAACACGGCAUAUCGUGCGAACACGACAAUGUUUGCGGACAUGCCCCAGUCCAAUCAGCCGGCAAACACCCCUAGCGCCGCUCGCGGGGAGAAGAGGCUGUUGCGAAUCUACAUUCAUUCCUCGGAUGCUGCUCCGGGUCAAAUGCUCACGCUUGAUGUUCGCACCGACACUUGGUUGGCCGACGUUUUGGAUAUCGCUUGUCGGAAGCGGCAACUCGACAAGGCCAACCAUGUCUUGAAGCUUCCCAACUCGGGAACCGUCGUGUUGCUCGACCGUACGGUUGCUUCACUCGGUAACAUCACUGACCUAGACCUCUACCGGCGCCGCUUUGCUACGGAUGGUCCCCUCAUCAUGACCGGAUCACCCAGUAGCUCUUCGCCGAGGCCGCAUCUCUUCGGCGAUAAUGCAAGCUGGACCAAGACGAAGAAAUCCAAGCUCCUAGGAACUCACCCACUUGCCAAGGAAGUCUUGAAGCAAGAUGAACUGGGUGUCGGGCCCAAUUACAAGAAGUACACGGUCUGGCGAAAGCAGGCAAUGCGCAUGACUUCGGAGAAGAUUUUUGCCAUUGACGGGGACUACAUUCAUAUCAUGCCUGCCUCAGGCGGAAAGCUGGCCGAGUUGGACGGUAAACUGACCACGGUCCAUUUUAGCAACGUGGUAGGGUGCAAGGUCUCGAGGAAACAUCCGGCCAACUUCAGCGUCGUUGUGUACAAGUCGACCGAGUCUAAGAGAUACGACUUCGUCACGAGCGGCCCGGAAUACGCGGCUGAGAUAGUUGACGAACUCAAGACCCGCAUUUCCCCUUAUCGAGAGGUCUGA